GACGAGGCAGCGGGCCAGCCGUGCCCCAGGAGGAGGGAAGCGGUAACCUCGGCUGGAGGGAUGCUCGGAACUCAACUCCUCGUCCGGCCGCGUGGCUUGUUUCUGUUAAGCUCUGACCUCUUUCCCGAAAAAGCGAUGAGCUAUGCUCAUGCACACCUACUUGGCAACUUGCUGGAACUGACAACAGCAUUGUAUGCAUUUCUUCGUCCACUCAUGGCAGUAGAGAACAGUGACAGGAAGGAUAAGAGGAAAGAUAAUCUAUGAAUUCCCUACAAAGAUGGAAGAAAAAAAAUUAAGGAGUAUAAUUUGGAAGAUGUGAAAUGGCAGCUACUGAGCAAUUUCUUUAUGGCUAGACUGGAUAACUGCUUUAAUUAGAGCCUGCCUGAUGUUGAUGUACUUGAGGAAAUGGUUUACCUGUGUAACUGAGAACAUGACCGAAGGAAGCGUUUCCUGCUGCUGAAGUCUUUCAAAUCAGAUCAUCUCCAUAGGAGCAGCCCUGCCCAGCACUCAGCAUAUGGUGGAGAAGCUCUGUUGUGAUACAGGGAAUGGAGCAGCUCUCAGGCAGAAGGAAGCUGAGGAAGCGCCUGUGCGUGGCCUUCAGCUAUCAAGGAUUUUACGCGUAAUUCAAGCCCAUCACUUUGCUCUGGAGUUAAUUUCAAGAUCCAGUGACACACCUUUGUAAUCUUCAACUCAGAUUGAUGACAGAAAUUCCAGAUGACUGCUGCUCCAGUACUCUUAAGCUAUGAGGAAGAUGAAAGGAAGAAAGAGGGGAUGUUUCUUACCUUUAACCUUUAUCCUGCUGUUUGUCUGUAUCGCUGGGCAUGCAGCUGAUGACUCUGAGGAUGGGGAAGAAGAGGAUGUUCUGGGUGUUCCUUUACCACCACUGAAACUGGGGCAUUCAGACUGUGCCCUGAAAGCAGACGAAGGUCCUUGCAAAGCAAUCCACAUGCGCUUUUACUUCAACAUUCAAAGCCGUGAGUGUGAAAUAUUUGAAUAUGGUGGAUGCCACGGCAAUGCAAACAACUUUGUAACUUUGGAAGAAUGUCAGAACAAAUGUGUGGUAACAGAAUUGCCUCUGGAGGUGAUGCUAGCAAAAAUUAAGAGAGAAAAGCCCAACUUCUGUUAUCAAGAGAAAGACCCUGGAAUCUGCCGAGGCUUUUUUUCCAGGUAUUUCUAUAACAAAGAGACAAAAAUAUGUGAAAUAUUCAAGUAUGGUGGGUGCCUUGGAAACCAGAACAACUUUAGGAGUUUGGAAGAAUGCCAGACUACCUGCCAAGGCAACUCAAACUUACUGUCAGUUGUUCCAGAUGAGGAGCAUCCUGACCUUAUGAACAAUAGCUCCCCAGAGGAAGAACGCAAUCAGUUUCCUGGGAUUUUUGUAAAUUUGUUGCCAACUACGCCAAAUGAGGAAGAGUCCCAUAUUGUGAAUGGUAGUUACCAAGAGGAAGAGCGCAAGCGGUUUCCCAGUUCUUUUGUUAUGCAAGAGGAAACAAGAAACAAUUGGGAAAAGACUGAGCAUUCUUACCAAGUAUUUCUGUUUGUUCUUUUUUUGCAUUUAAUCUUACUUGUACUUUUGGGGGUUGAAUGACAGAUUGAUCAAUGCUUUUGUGUAUUAUACAUUCUGUAAGAUAAUGAGCGUGUGGAAUGGAAGUGACCUAUGGAAAUUAAGGGUGCUGUAUAUUAUGUUCAGCUUGUGAAAUCUAAGUGGGAUGUAAGAUCAAAUGUCAACUUUCCACUCAGUAAGUAUGGAAUGGCAAAAAGAAGCAGCUCCUGUUAUUAUUUUUUAAAGUCAGGACCAUAUCUUUUGCUGAUAGAAAUUGACACAGCUGUGUUUGCUUUAAUGGAUCUGCACCAAUUUAUGCCUAGAGAAUACUGUUAAGUGGAGAUGACUCAUUAUUGUUUGUAGCAGUUUCUGUACUUGAAGAGUGUUUUUUUUAUCCCUCUGCUGUAACUGGAAUAAGAAUCUGAAGUCUGAAGUUUCAUGUAUGCCACAAUACUAUGUUUAGUGAAAGAGCAUAGAGUAAGUCUUAUUUUCAUCUAGCUCAUGAAGAUCAUUUCAAAUGUCUUUCAUAUUAUAAUUAAUUAACAGUUCACUGUCACACAUUUCAACCCCAGCUAAGCCUGAGAUAAAGCGCUUUUUGUUGCAAAUUCAAUUUGAGAUUUUUUUUAUAAAUAUGAAUCUAUAUCUCAAUGUAAAUGUUUCAUAAAUUCCUAAGUAUCUCUUGUUUACAUCAGAGGGAGGCUGUCUGGGAUUCAAGAAAAGGCAUUAUUUUAAGAAUUGUAUUUUAAACUGUGAGCUUUAAAACAUUUCUGGGUAGCAACUUUAGGAACCUAUUGGAUGUCAUUUCCCUAUAUGAAUUCUAAAUUAUUUUUUGACAUGCCCGUUCAUGACCUGACUUUUAUCACAUAUUUUUUGCAAAUAAUAUUCAUAGCUAAUCCAAGGUUAUGAGCUUGGUACUGGAUAUUUAAAACCUAUUUAAAUGAGGUAUUUUGGAUAAAUGGAACAGGAUGAGCACAAGCAUGAAGACAGUCUUAUGGCCUUGUUGAUGUCAGUGCAAAUAUUGAUUUGAUUUUAUAUAAAAUGAAUCAAAUGCCAUAGGAUCAGUCACGUGACCCCAUAUGUAAUGAAGUUAGAAAGUGUUUCCUGACAUUUGUUAAUUUGUGGUUUUGUCUGAUCCAAAAGAUGUUGAUAUGUUAGUAUGUGAAAUGUAAUGAAUAAUACUAAAGGCAGUGUAAAAUGGUAUUGGUAAAGCACAAUCCAAAUUGAGAGCAAAGUACAUUUAAAAAUAAAAAAACAAAAAACAACACUUCUAUCUGGACUAUUCUCGCAAUGAAGUUGACAUCUAUAAUUAACUUACACAAAUUUAAUGAUUACAUUAGGGGAAAAUAAUUCUGGUAGUGGAAUAUGUUGGCAGUUUUUGUUUGUUUUUACUGUUUUUAAUGUAUAUCCCUUAGUCUGCAAUUUUGUCGUUUGUAGGAUUUGCUCUUUUUUUUUUCCUCAUAGUAAAACUUGGAGAUAAAAAACCAUUUCAACAAUUUUCAGAAUUUUGCUGUAUGACAAAAUUAAGAAGUUUUCUUCAUGAGUUGAUUGCUUCUGUCAGUGUGAAGAAUAUGCAGUUAUUUUGCAGAUGAGCAGAAAUAAUGUUAUAGCGUCUUGGGCAUUUUUCUGGUGAUCUAGACUAUAAUGUCAUUUUUAGGAACAAUACAAAUUUAGAAACAAAAUACAAUACAUAAUCUUUAGAAACAGGAAGUCUGAAAAGCAUUUGGAUGCCGCUCUGCCAGUUGCUUUAUACAUACUAUAAACAGUCCUUACUUACCAGUUACCAAAGCUCCAAAACUUCAGUUGUUGAGAACACCUGCAUGAGGGGACUUGGGAAUCUCUCUAGAAAAUCCACGUACCAGAAAAGGAGUUUAUAUUACAAGUGUAUAUUUAAAUUCUAUUGUAAUUAACAAAACAAUUUAAUUUACCCCCUUCAUCACUGGAAAGCCUUUGUGUUGCUAUAAAAUAGCUAAGCACGUUUUGUUCUGUUGGGUUGAUUUUUUUUGAUGUUUCAAAGAAUUUCUUUUGAAUAUGAGUUUCCUUCCAGCCACGGCGUCAUUACUUCUAGGCACAGGAGUUCCCAAAAAGCCAGUACCAAAACCAGCAGUUGUCAGUUUAUCUUCCAUCUUCAUUAUAAAUAGGAUAGUAGAUUUGAUAUCCAUUCUAGGCAUGUAUUCUGGAUCAAAAAUAAACUUCACAUUCUGUUAUAAUAAUGUCACAGGUAAUACAGGGAAAUUAAUUAGUGCUGAUUUCAUAACUUGAAACUAGCUUUAUCUGUCUUGAAAUACCAUUUCAUGAUUCAGUUUUUGCGUUUGCAACAUUCUUCUUGAAUAGUACACUAUUGCUAAUGUGGCUUUGAAUAUAUUAAUAAUUUCAUUUGCCUGCCUUCUGUAAGUUACCUUUUUAUUUCUUUUUUUUUUUUUUUUGCAAUUUUUUCAUGUUUUUUUCACCACGCCAGUUCAGCUGUUAUACUUAGCAAACAAGCCUUUUUCAUAAGAUAUGUACGAGACAAAUAUGAAGUGUAGCAUAUUCUUCUCUGUGUUUUUUGGUUUUUUUCCUUUUCAGCCUCUUGAAUUGCUCAAGUUAAUUCAUAACUUCUUGCUUUCAGUAACUCACUUGCUUCCCACUUUUCUGAAAAGCAGGAUGCCUCCAACUCUGUUGUAACCCAAGUUAUUUCCAAAAAUUUUCACUUGGUCUUUCCUCUGAAGAACUUUUGCUGGCUACGUGGCUUUCUAACUUCAAGAACACGAUUUAGUUAGCUUCACUUGUCCUUUUAUGCAAUCAGACUUCAAUUAUCUCAACUCUGAAGCUUCUUUAAGGAAAAUGGUACUCCUUCAGAUGCCUCAUAACUAUCGAUACAGUGAUUCCUGUUCAUCUUUUUGUGUUCUGUACAGCAACCAUAUGUCAGUUGUGCUUUUGUUUAUGAGUCUCUCCACGAUGGUAGAUAACAGUUUCUCCAGAUUUGGGAAUUCUGGCAUAGGUGAACUGCUUGAAUUUGCCCCGUGCACAGGUACUUCAGUUAAGUCAGGGUAUUUAAGUUCUCACAAUCUCACUUGCAGCAACCUGAAGAAAUAAAACAUCAGCCUUCUGUGAAUGGUAAAAACUUAACGGCACCCCUGAAAUCACCCGCAUUGCAGUUGCUUUCAGCAGUUAAAUCUUUGCAUUCAAUUGUUGGUUUUUCUGCAAGUUAGAAGCAUUUUCUUGAUAACUCCUUGGUGUUCUCCAGUAGAACAAAUUUUAUUACUUAGGUCAAGCUUUCUAUAGUCAUACAAAACAACAACCAAACAAACAAUAAGGUAUUCAAUCUUAAGUAAAAAAUGCUAUCCAUGUACAUCAUUCCAAAAGUAAUGCCUCCUUUAUUUCCUUGGAAACCACAAUUGCUGCAAAGAGCACAAUAGUGCUAGUUGGUAGAGCAAAUUCUCAGCUAUAAAACUAUUUUUCAGCAUAAUCACCACCACUGGCUAUGUGCAUUUUCAUCAACGAUGAACAAGAGCCUGCAUGCUGCGCUUUUAAAAAUCUCCACCAGUGAAGAUGACUUGCUAUUGCCACCACUAAAAAGCACCACACAAUGUCUCACUGUGCUUGCAUCCACUGUUUGGGGCUCCAGAAACAUUCACAAGUAUCAAUGAAUGUCAAUCUGUACCAUUUUUUCCACAGGGAGAAAUUUGGUGUCACACCUUACGUCACUUCCAUGUCAGAAGCCAUUUUGUCAGACUGUCUCUCUGCUGCCAUCUGUUGCAUGACAACAAAAUGUGACAAAAUAUUAGUUGGAAGCUUCAUCCUCUGGUGCCACACCACUAACAUUCAUCUCUGACAUAGUGGGCCAACAGAAUAAAAUAGGACGCAUUACUUUCAGAGCAGCCCUUCUGUAUGAUUUCAGAAUAUCUGUCAGUAAUUUGGAAAGUUCAAUUCUUCGAUUAUCAUCAAUAUUUACCAUUUUUUUUAAAGCUGUCUUGAUUUCAGUUCUUUCAUAUUUUACAAGCAUAUUCCUACAAUUGAAUUUGAAUAUUAUCUCCGACCACAGAAAUGCUGAUUUUAUCUAAAUGCAUAUUAACCAAACCUAGCUUUCAGGUAAGGUUUUGUUUGCUUUUUUAAGUGAAAGAGAGAAUAAUAUUUGCUGUUAUUUUUCAUGGUCAUAAAAUGACAAACACUUAUGCUCCACUAUCCUGGAUUUUCAGAGGGACAGAAUUAAAUUUGCCAGUAAAUUUCAUAUGUUUCAAGGUUCUGAAAGCUUCAGUUCUCAUGUAAAAUAUCAGCAUAACAAAAACAUGACAGUGGUGUAUAACCUUGUUUUUUCUGGUA